AUGAUAUUCGCCAGAAGUCGCUCUCCUACUAUUUAUUCUUACACUUUGAAUGGCUCCAACCUAAUUCCUGUUGAUUUUAGCAUUUGCGAUUUUGGCUUUACUUUUACUUGCUCUCUUUGUCCUCGUGCUCACAUCGAUCAAAUUGCAUGCAAAGCCUCAAAGGUAUUGGGUUUCGUCAAAAGAAUAUCUAGUGAUUUUAAACUCACCCGGUCUCUUAAAUCUAUCUAUUGCGCAUUAGUACGAUCUAUUCUCGAAUAUGGCUCUGUUGUUUGGAAUCCUCAAACAGCUGAUGCCUGUUGUUUGCAACUCGAACGAGUUCAGCGUAAAUUCUUUUGCUUCAUGAAGCAUACCUUGAAUGUUGAUUGCGUCCCUCAUGAUUAGACUCCUCUUCUCCGUCUUCUUAACUUAUCCUUCUUAGCUGACAUUCGCAUUUCUCAUGAUCAAAUAAUUUAUUGGAACUAGUAAGCAUUAUUCAUUAUCUUCUCGUUAUCUUCAGUAUUUAGAUAUUAUAAAAUUGAUAAAAUUAAAAGAGCUGGAAUCAUUAUGAUAUUAAAU